GUAUGCAAACAUAUUCGUUGCCCGCGUCGUGUGUGUGUGCAAUCGGCAAUCAAUUUGUAAAAUAUCAUAGCGUCGGUCGCGCCAACAAUAAUUUUGUGCAAAUUCUGCUACCGCCGAGGGAUGCCCUGCGAUAAAGACAGGAAAGUAGCAGUUGGAUUCAAAGAUCCAAAAGAGGAAUCAGAGGUUCGUCGGGCGCCGAGGAUAUCCCCAAGUCGUUCAUUGCGACAACGGGACGAACUUCGUCGGAGCGAGCCGCCAUCUCAGCGCUCUGCGGAUCAGGCUCAAGGAGCAAGGAGACGCAAUUCGCGACUUCGCGUCAAAGAACGGAUGCGAAUUUGCGUUUAUACCGCCGCGAGCUCCUCACAUGGGAGGGCUAUUGGAGGCAGGUGUAAAAACUGCCAAGAGCCUACUCCUAAGGGCGGUAGGCAGCGCGCUCCUAACCGCCGAAGAGCUCGCCACAGUCCUCGUCGGCAUCGAGGCCAUAAUGAACUCGAGGCCGCUGGGAGCCAUCAGCCAAGAUCCAAGCGACGGCGAGGCCCUAACACCCGGGCACCUGCUGACAGGCGGGUCGCUCAUCGCCCCCCCAGCACUGCGGACUCCGGACCAGGAGAGUCUCAGUUGCUUGCAGCGAUGGCGACUUGUCUCGUCAGUCAGGCAAGCGUUUUGGCAGCGAUGGUCCCGCGAAUACAUAUGUCCUGGGGCUGCAAAUUCGGGGCAAAUGGCACCAGCAGCAACCGAACCUCGAGGAAGGAGACCUCGUCAUCGUGGCCGAGGACAAUCUGCCGGCUCAGGAGUGGCUCGUGGGGAGGGUCAUCGCCACGCACGCAGGAGAGGACGGCAUGGUCAGGGUCGUCGAAAUAAGGACUAGCACUGGAGCGGUUUUUCGGCGGCCCAUACACAAAUUAGCGAUCAAUUAGUUAUUGAUCUGAAUUAAAGUCUAGUGUAAGAUAGGCUAGGGCAAAGCGGGAGCGCAAUAAAAGCUCGCUCUCUCGCUCUUGGCGAAUUCGCCCCGCUUUGCCACCGUAGGUUAGCUAGAGUAAGAGAUUUGAAUUGUGAAGAAAGUAUACGUAGUUGUUCGCCAACCUUGAAUUAGAUCGAGCGUAUCAAGUUUUUCGCCCCGCCAAAUAAAUAAUUUAAAUUACAGCCACCCAAAGUUUUCGGUAAUUGAUUAGAAAAACUCUUCUAAUUUU